AGAGAAAGUCUGAGGAGCAGGAAAAUUUGGUCACGUAGAUCUUCUAUUUCGCCGGAAUUCGUUGAUUGCUCCGUACUCAUUUACAAUGGAAAAACUCCUGUUCGUUGUAAGAUCACUGAAGGUCAUAAAUUUGGAGAGUUUGCUUUUACACGGAGACGAAGACCCUAUCGAACAAAUAGAGGAAAGGGGAAAAAGUAA